AUAUUUAGGGAAAACAUCCAGAAUUGAAAACAGACACACACUCGCGCACACACACCACACACACACACACACACACACAGACACAGCCACACACAGACCAAUCGGGUUUGAGCGAGCUCCUCUGCUUUCACCCCAAAGUUGGAGGAGGCAAAAAGCCGGCCGCGUCCGGGACCCGGAGGGAGCCCCCCGCCCGAGGGUCCGGGAGAAGACCCCCCUCGGCGCCCCCCAGCCCGCCCCCGCCCAUCAGGCCGGACAAGGCGGCCGCCGAGGAUGCUGUAGGGCCGCCCAACCGGGCACUGCCCCUGCCUCCGUCCCUUCCCGACCCCCAAGGGUCCAGGGGAAAGUGCCUUCGGCCCCCGGAGCCGGGGGAAGCCCCCCGAGAGGCCAGGGGGCGAGGGCCAGGAGGACCGAAAGGAGCGGGCGGCGAGCAGCCAGGUGGAGGUGGAGAAGGACCAGCCGGGCCCCGCGCCCCAGGGUAAGAUUCUCACUGCUGACCAAAACGCCCAAGGAAAGAGGGGGAAUCAGUGGUUAGAGCCUUGGAGCCUUGGCCCCAUCCAAGACUGAAGCAGAGAGACACCAUGCUCGGCCCUGAUCGGAAGAUGUUCCCAGUCCCCACAGGUGGAUGUUGGUUGUUGCUUCUGCUGCUAUCGCCACUGCUCCCAAGCAGCUGGGGUCUGGUUAUCACUCCUGGGGACCCUGAGAUCAUCCUCAACAUGUCCAGCACCUUCUCUCUGACCUGUUCAGGGGCCGAGGCCCCGGUGGCGUGGGAACGCGGGUCGCAGCUCCUGCCUGCUCCCCCAUCCAUCCGCCAGGACGAUGGCACCUUUGUCAGCACCUUAACUCUGGAGAACGUCACGGGCCUGGACAGCGGCGAAUACGCCUGCUCCCAGGGACUGGAACCUGCCAUCAAACGGCGAGUCUAUGUCUUUGUGCCAGACCCUUCUCUCGUUUUCCUCCCCACCAUUCUGGAGGAUCUGUUCAUCUUCCUGGCUGGAGAUGGAGAGGCCACCAUCCCGUGCCGGGUGACGGAUCCCAGCCUCGUGGUCACCCUAUAUGAGAAGAAGGUGGAUAUCCCACUGCCUGUCCCCUACGAUCCCCAUCGCGGCUUUACGGGCCUCUUCGAGGACAAGACCUACAUCUGCAGGGCCACCGUCGGCGACAGGGAGGUGGACUCGGAUACCUACUACAUCUAUCGGAUCCAAGUGUCCACCAUCAAUGUGUCCAUGAGUGCGGUCCAGACCGUGGUGCGGCAGGGGGAGAACAUCACAGUCAUGUGCACUGCCAGGGGGAGCGAGGUCAUCAACUUUGACUGGGCUUAUCCCCGGAAGGAGAGCGGGCGGCCGGUCAACCUCGUGACGGACUUCCUGUCAGGGACGGCCUACGACAUCCGCUCCAUCCUGCACAUCCCUAGCGCCGAGCUGGGGGACUCGGGCACCUACAUCUGCAACGUCUCCGAGGGCUAUGGCGACCACAGAGACGUGAAAGAGAUCAACAUCACUGUGGUUGCACAGGGCUUCACGCGUCUGCACACGGAGCUGGGCAGCACAGAGUUUGCUGAGCUGCACAAGAGCUGCGAGUUGCAGGUGCAGGUGGAGGCCUAUCCGCAGCCCACCAUCCUGUGGCUCAAAGACAACAAGACCCUCAGCCAGGGCAACACCAACGAGAUUUCCAUCUCCACUAGGAACCUGUCGGAAACCAGGUAUGAAUCGACCCUGACCCUGGUGCGGGUGAAGGUGAACGAGGGCGGCCACUACACCCUGCGAGCUUUCCACGAUGAUGAUGUCCAGGAAUUCUCCUUUCACCUGCAGAUCAACGUGCCAGCCAAGGUGGUGGAGCUUACCGAGAGCCACCCCAACAGCGGCGAGCAGAUCCUGACGUGUCGCUCCCAGGGAAUGCCCCAGCCCCAAGUCACCUGGUUCACCUGCAGCGACUUCAAGAGAUGCCCCCGUGACGUGCAGCCCACCCUCCUGGGGAACAGCUCUGAGGAGGUCCAGCUGGAGACCAACGUGACCUACCUGGAGGAUGAGAAGGUGUUUGAAGUUCUGAGUGCCCUCCGCCUGCGUCACGUGGACCAGCCCUUGUCCGUCAGUUGCACCGCCAGCAACCUGCUGGACACCAACACCCAGGAGGUCACUGUUGUCCCUCACACUCUGCCCUUUAAGGUGGUGGUAAUCUCAGCCAUCCUGGCCUUGGUGGUCCUCACCGUCAUCUCCCUGGUGAUCCUGAUCGUGCUGUGGCAGAAGAAACCGCGCUACGAGAUCCGCUGGAAGGUGAUCGAGUCGGUCAGCUCGGACGGCCAUGAGUACAUCUACGUGGACCCCAUGCAGCUCCCUUAUGACUCCACCUGGGAGCUCCCCCGGCAUCAGCUCAUUCUGGGCCGCACGCUGGGCUCCGGGGCCUUUGGACGAGUGGUGGAGGCCACGGCGCAUGGCCUGACCCACUCCCAGUCGACGAUGAAAGUGGCCGUCAAGAUGCUGAAAUCCACGGCCAGGAGCAGUGAGAAGCAGGCCCUCAUGUCCGAAUUGAAGAUAAUGAGCCACCUGGGGCCCCACCUGAAUAUCGUCAACCUGCUGGGAGCCUGCACCAAAGGAGGCCCCAUUUACAUCAUCACGGAGUACUGUCGUUAUGGCGACCUGGUGGACUACCUCCAUCGCAACAAGCACACCUUCCUCCAGCACUGCUCCGAGAAGGCCCGGCGGGAGGCUGAGCUAUACAGUAACGCUCCGCCUGAGUACCAGCUCUCCAGCCCCACAUCAGUGUCCUUGGAGAGCGACGGGGGCUACAUGGACAUGAGCAAGGAUGACUCCGUGGACUAUGUGCCCAUGCUGAGCAUGAAGGGGGACGUCAAGUAUGCCGACCUCGAGACCUCCAACUACGUGACUGCCUAUGACAGUUACAACCCUUCAGACCCCCAUGGGCCAACUCCUGAGAGGACCUUCAGGGCCACGCUGGUCAAUGACUCUCCCCUCCUCAGCUACAUGGAUCUAGUGGGCUUUAGUUACCAAGUGGCCAAUGGCAUGGAAUUCCUCGCCUCCAAGAAUUGCGUCCACCGAGAUCUGGCUGCCAGAAACGUGCUGAUCUGCGAGGGAAAACUGGUCAAGAUCUGUGACUUUGGCCUGGCUCGGGACAUCAUGAGAGACUCCAACUACAUCUCCAAGGGCAGCACCUUCCUGCCCCUGAAGUGGAUGGCCCCUGAGAGUAUCUUCAACAAUCUCUACACUACCCUGAGUGACGUAUGGUCCUUUGGCAUCCUCCUCUGGGAGAUCUUCACCUUGGGUGGCACACCCUACCCUGAACUGCCCAUGAACGAGCAGUUCUACACGGCCAUCAAGCGCGGUUACCGCAUGUCCAAGCCCUCUCACGCUUCCGACGAGAUCUACGAGGUCAUGCAGAAAUGCUGGGAAGAGAAGUUUGAGAUCCGACCUUCCUUUGCCCAGCUGGUGCUGCUGUUGGAAGGCCUCCUGGGAGAGGGCUACAAGAAGAGAUACCAGCAGGUGGAUGAAGAGUUUCUGAGGAGCGAACACCCUGCCGUGCUCCGGACCCGCCCCCAGAUACCCGGACUGGGCCGUCCCGGGGCCCCUCCGGACACCGGCUCGGUUCUCUACACGGACGUGCAGGGGAACGGGGGAGAGAACAACUACAUCAUCCCCCUGCCCGACCCCAAGCCUGAAAGUGGCAGCCACGACGACCUGCCCCCGGACGGCUCCCACAGCCUUGCCAGCUCCACCCUGAAUGAGGUCAAUACAUCCUCCACCAUUUCCUGCGACAGCCCUUUGGAGCCCCAGGAAGAGCUAGAGCCGGAACCGGAGGUGGAGGCGGCAGGCCAGCCGCAGCCCGGGCUACCGGCGGAGGUGGAGGACAGUUUCCUGUAGCUGGGCCUACGCUGGAGACCUUCCUCCAGGAUAGACAGGGGUCCUGCCCCAGGGGCCCUCCCCACCCAUGUCCCCCAAAACACCUGCCAGUCUGACUGUCCCCUCCAGCUUCUCUCCACCAGAGCUGUGUGGGCCCCCGGGUGCCCGGCCCCUUCUCCCCCUUUGCCGGGAUGCCCUGCGCCAACAUUGCUCUGCACGAGGCUGGGACCUCGCCUGCCCUUCUCAUCCCACCCUCUCCCCCGAGAACUCUUCCUCCACUGAACCCCUGAGCCCAAGCCUGAUCUGAGAGCCUCAGGGACCCUUGCGGGACUUGGGGUCAGGGGGAAUCCAGAUCCUGGCCCCCUGAAGCACCAGCCUCGUCGGCCUCAGCCGGUGGCCUCCUCUCACAGCCCCCUGGGAGCCCCGGCCAGUGCCCCCGAAGACCAGCCCCGCCUCCGGCUCUGGAGCAGCCAUGCCAGGGUGGGUGAAGUAGAGAAGUGGUUUCUGGUGGGUUGGCUGUGGGGGCCCGAGUGUGCUACACCCUCUGGCUGACUCACUAGCCAUGGCUCGAUCCUCUGUCUCUCCUGGAGAGGAAGAGCUGGGGCGCCUCUCCCUCCCUCCCUAUGCCACCCCAGCCUCCUCCCUCUUUCUGGGGAAAAAGGGGCAGGGGGAUGUGUGCAUAGCCUUCCUGCUGCGGCUCCCUGGCUUGACCCCGGGUCUGCACGGCAGAUAAAAGCAAAGGGAACCUCUUGAAGAUUGUGGCCUCUCCCCACUCCUGUGGAACCUCAAGAGGAACCCUAGAUCCCCUGCUCCUUGCCUCUUAUUUAGGCAGCCUGGGCUCUAGUCCUAAGGGUGCCAGGAUCUGUCUCUGAGGGCCGCACAGCUGCCCUCCAGACAGAAACCUCCCAAGCCUGCAGGCUGCUGCCUCUCCUAGGCAGCGACCUGGGGAACUGGGUUUCUUUCUUGGCUAUUCUGAAGGUCUCUCCCCUGGACCCUGGACUCAGCCCUCCCCUCUCUCCUCCCCCUCCCUCACUUUGGUCAGGGAGAUCUUCCCUCUUCACUUGCACUUUUUUUUCUUCACCCCCCUACAUUUCGCACCAGUCUGGGCUCUGCCUCGCACCUGGACUGCCCCCCACCUGGACUUCCCCCUCCCCGCUCCCUCUCUGCCCUUCCCGGCCUGCCAAAGGGGCGGCUCCACUGACGGUGCCCAAGCUUGGGGUACAGGACCCCCGCUCAUCACCCACAGCUGGCUGACCGGACUGGUCUCUCAGCCUGAGGCAGGCAGUGACCAGUCAGGAGGGGAGAGGAGGGUGGUCUUGGGGAGUGGAUGGGCGUGUGGGGGCAUUUUUGCAGCUGAAACUAAAUUGAGCAGCUCCCGUCCCUAGAGCCUGGCAUGGACCCAAAGCACUGCAAAAUGGCUGAGAAGUUGGGAUGGAUGAGGAUGGAAAGGGGUAGAAAUGACAUGUCCAUCCACACCCACCCCCCGGACCAAGUGUACCACUAGCGCUGCGGCUCCAAGUCCUGAGGAGGGGAGGAAGGUCCAGAUGGUCUAUAGGCGUAGCCCAGACAGCAUUGCCCUGGUCCUGUCCUGACAAGCACAGGUCUCAGGUCCUGGGAGACCAGGCUUCCGGGCUAAGGGAGGGUCACAAUUCGGGGGGAGGCUGAGCAGGGUCCACCCAGAGCCGACUGCAAACACUAACCCCAGCUAGCUGGCAGUCCUCCAGCCCUGAUGGGAAAUGAAUGGCCCUGUCUGGCCCCCAGGGUGGCAGAAAUCUCUGAAAGCAGAGUCAGUCUGAGGAAGUGACCCUUCCUAUGUCCCCAAAUGGGUUGUAAACUCAUCCACGAUGGUGUGGGCAGGAAACCAGUGAAGGGAGAGCUGGGGGAGCCAAAAGCAGGGAGAGAUCUCCUUAGGGAUUCCUUGGCAGCCUGGCAGGUCUAGAGUUAAUAUCCCCCUUCCUAUUUCCCAAAAGCACCCCAGCCCACCCCUAGAGUUGAGGCUGCCAUCCUGAUGCCUACAGAGAACUCUUUCUUCUCUUACCUCUCCAUCCCCCAUCCCUGCCCUGUGAAGAUCCUUUAUUUCCUGUGUGCCUCCCCCUACCCUGACCAAAGCCAAACUGAAGGAAGUUUUCUAGCCAGGAUGGUUCCUGGUAGCCCAACCCAAAACCCAGGGGGGUGAGGGUGAGGGCCCCGGUGGACCCCAGUGGGAAGUGGAAGCAGGGCACAGAGAAGCAGGGAGGCUGGCAAGGCCGAGAUGGAGAGAGGGACCAAUCUGGGAUGUGGAAGAAUUUCUGGAAAGGCCCUGCCUCCGGGAGGGGUGGACUCUGAAGGCCUGGUGGCUCCGGCCCUGGGCUUCUGGGAAAGGGACUAAAGCACUUGGGCUCCAAGCACAUUGUCCAGGGGUCCUGACCUUAUCUCCAGCCUCCCUCUGACCCUCCAGGAGGCCCUGGGAGCAGCAGACAUAGGACUCUAUCACACUGAUUUGCUCCCUCUGACUCUUGGUUGGGGAUCCCACAGCCAAUAAAGGUCUCCGCACCCCAGACCCCACCCUUCUAGGCCCUGCUAACCAGUGCUGAGCCAUUGGGUGGGAGGAGCUUGGGGCCCGAACUGAGUUGUAUGACACUAAGGUACCAAAGAUGUACAGUUAUCCUAGGUUUACAAAUGUAUUUUUAGGACUCACGUUAAUUCACAUUUAUACAACCGAGAUAUUAUUUUUUACGCUGUAAACUUCAUAUAUGUGUACUAUUUUUUUUUAAAGGGAAAGAUUUUAAAAUUAAACGUGUCUCUUUUUAU